AUGACCCCCCAACCGCCCAUCGCCGCUGCAGUCGUCUUGGGCUUGCUCAACCAUGUCUAUUUCAAUCGUUUUGAGCCACAAAACGUCAACGUCUCAUUCUUGGCCAUUAUCGUGCAGCCACUAGCGCUAACACUGGCCUUCAACGCCCUUUCCGCAGCCAACGUAUUGACAACAACGUCAGCUUUCCUCGCAACGCUCACACUUUCCAUUGGCGUGUAUCGUCUCUCUCCGUGGCACCCGCUCGCACAUAUACCCGGUCCAACAUUGGCCAAGAUCAGCAAGUGGUGGUCCGUACGACUUGUGCUCAGUGGAGAACAACACCGAGUGUUCAAAGCUCUCCACGACCAAUAUGGCGAUUUUGUCCGCGUCGGCCCCAAUGAGGUUUCAGUGAUUCAUGUCGAAGCAAUCAAGUCGGUGUUUGGCACCGGAGGCUUUCCCAAGGGCCAAUACUACGAGCCUCGCGUGGACCCCGUUCAUGGUACACGUAGUCUGCUUACAUCUCGCGGUGAUGCCCAUGCAAACCGACGGCGCAUUUGGAACCGCGGAAUGAGCUCUGAAUCGCUUCGGGAUUUCGAGCUCAUCUUGGAGAAACGCCUCAGGCAACUGCUGGAACAUUUCGACAAGUUCGCUUCUACUAAAAGCGAAAUUGACAUGGCAGCUUGGUUUAGCUAUCUCAUGUUCGAUUUUAUGGGCGACAUGGCCUUCGGUGGUGGGUUCGAAAUGCUUCGCGAUGGUAAAGACAACGAAGGGUAUUGGACUUUGAUAAAAGAUGGCGCCAAGACUAUCGCGGUUCUUUCUCAACUUCCUUGGCUUGCGCCUGCGCUCUACAAAAUUCCGAUGCUCACGCGGAAUACCAAACGGUUACGUCGUUUCGGUGCUGCAUGCGCCGUUAACCGGGCAAAAUCCGGUCCCAAGCUGAAUAAGGACUUAUGGUUUCAUCUUAUGGACGAGGAAGGACAUGAAAAGAAACGACCAACCAUGGCAGAUGUCAUAGGUGAUGGAGUAUUGGCCAUUAUCGCUGGGUCGGAUACUUCUUCAGUCGCCCUGAGCAGCUUCAUUUGGUGUCUGCUAAGCAAUCCAGAUGUCUUUGCGCGGGUUCAGGCUGAGGUCGAUGCCGUCUACCCCGACCCAGAUUCCGUCUUUGACUCUUUGAAACACGGAGAAUUGCGAUAUCUUACAGCCUGCUUUAACGAGGCCCUGCGCCUCUUCCCUCCCGUCCCCACUGGCGGUCCACGCCAAAUCCCCCCCGGUGCCGUGGGAGUCGUCGCCGGGAAAAUAAUCCCAGAGAACACACAAGUUUACGUGCCCGCAUAUGCUGUCCACCGCAACCCCCGCCAUUUCUUCCCAAAUCCAGACAAGUUCGAUCCUGACCGCUGGCUCCGCGGGGGCUCAUCCAACGAAGUGCUUGACCACCUGGCAUUUAUUCCCUUUUCCUACGGCGCGGCAAAUUGCGUAGGGAAAGGUUUGGCAUGGCGCGAGAUGCUGAUGGUCGCGAGUGCCCUGCUGAAGCGGUAUGAACUCCGGUUCGGGGCCGGAAUGGAGGAGAAUGGGAGCUGGGUGGAUGCUUUGGACGAUGCAUUCGUGACGAGCGUUGGGGGCAAGUUGCUGGUUCAAUUGUCGCCCCGGGCGUGA